AUGUCGUCCGGGAUGAACAAGAUGACCGCCGAGCGCAAUCAGCGCAUCGUCAUGGACCUUGCGAUUCAGCCGGGGAAUGACGUCUGUGCCGACUGCAAGGCACGUAACCCCCGGUGGGCAUCUCAUAACAUCGGGAUAUUCAUCUGCGUGAGCUGUGCGGGCAUCCACCGAAAAAUGGGGACGCAUAUAUCUAAGGUGAAGAGCCUGACGAUGGAUCAGUGGUCGAAGGAGCAGGUCGAGACGAUGAAGGAGAACGGGAACCUCAAGUCGAAUGCUUACUACAACCCGGACGAGAUCAAGAACCCUCCGCCCACCAACAUGAUCGACCAAGAGCGGGACAGUGACCUGGAGAAGUACAUCCGAUCCAAAUACCAGUACAAGUCGUUUGUCACCAAGAAGUCUGCGGCAACGGCGCUACUCGGUCCCUCGAGGUCAGCAUCGAGUCGACUCUCGUCAGCCGCGCCGACUGCCACUCGUUCCCAAACCAUGCCCCCUUCAUCAUCCGCUUCGGCUCCACCCACUUCUUAUCUCUCCGCUGCGCACGCGGUAGCACGAACUCCCAGCCCUUCACAACAUAAGCCAUUACCUCCCGUUCGCGCUGCGUCACAACCCGUCGCCCCUCCCGCCCCCGCGGCACCCCAGCCACCCCCGCAGCAAGCCGCGCCUCCUACGCAACCUCGAAUCCUCUGUGGGGAGAUCUUGCGCAGCUUCAAAAUCAGGCGACGAACUCCUCCCUCCCCUGCAGUACGCCGCACCCCUACCAUGUCCGCUCCCAUGAGCAUCCAGAACACCGGCCUUUCGGUGCCGGCUCAGCAGUUCACCGGGCUCUCCGCGAGCCCCAGCAACCCGUUCCCGUCGAUGCUCAUGCAGCAGCAGACGGGCAUGUUCCCACCACGGAGCAUGAGCCUCAAUACUGGCCUCACGAUGAACGGGAUGAACGGCGUCGGGGGGAACACUCUGGGCUACGUCCCUUCCGGCUCGAUGGGCAUGCUGCAGCCCCAGCCCGCGGCGCCCUCUCUCAGCUCUGGUUUCCUGCAACAGAGCUUGAGUUCGAGCCCACAACCGCCGUUCGCCCAGUCCAUCUCCCCCGGCAUGUCUAUGCAUCAGCAGCAGUAUCAACAACAGCAGCAGCAACAGCAGCAGGCAUUCGGGGGCGUUCCCUCGUCGUUCGGUCAAGCCGGGCCCUCCAUGAUGUCGGCGUCGCCGAUGCACUCUACGUCGCCUAUGCCGCAAGGCUCGCCCAUGUUCCCCUCUCAGCCCCUGGGACAGAUGCAAAGCUCGCCCAUGUUCCCACCGCAACAGCUUGGACAGAUGCAGGGUUCACCUAUGUUCCCGUCGCAGCAGCUCGGGCAGCAGGGCUCGAACCCGUUUAUGAACAUGCAGCAGCAGCAGCAGCAGCAGCAUAUGCAGCAACAGCAACAGCAGAUGCAAAUGCAGAUGCAGAUGCAGAUACAGCAGCAGCAGCAGCAGCCGGUCAUGACCGGUUUCCAGCCCCAGCAGCCGUUCGCGUCGCCGUCGCCGAGCAUGUUCAUGCCACCCGGACAGCAGCAGCCACAACAACAGCCACAACAGCAGCAGAUGUUUGGGCAGCAGCAAACGAAUCCGUUUGGGGCGAUGGGGUGGCAGCAGCCGCAGAUGCAGCAGCCAACGGGAUUCAUGGGCCAACAGCAGUCGUGGGGCCCGGGACGGAUGUGA